UUUAAGCGCGUUUUGGGCCCGAGUAGCUAUAGUAAAUAUUUACCUUAAAGUGCAAUUGUAAAUUGCUUUAAAUGUCACAGAAAUUAUGAUUUCACUAAUGAUUAAUGUAUUUAUUAUAAAAGUUGGUAUUUUUGUGUUUAAUGACGUAUUAUGACUUACAUAUGAAUGAGUGUGUGUGUGCUUAUGACAUUGGCAUUAUCAAAAGUCGCGCAUAUGAAAAACACUAGAUAAUUGAUAUCAUGCUCUUAGUUGUUUAUUAGACGUGAACCCGUUCGCUACUGUAGCUAACUAAUAUUAAAAAUGGCAUUAAAAUUCGCAGCAAAUUUAAAUUUCCUUUUCACGGAAACAGCAACAACAAUUGCUGAACGCAUUCGUCUGGCCCAUAAGCAAGGAUUCCCUGCUGUUGAGAUUCCCUAUCCCGAGGGCGAGACGCAAAACGUUAUUGAUGCCAUCCAAGCAACAGGGAUUACUGUUAGCCUGGUCAAUUUGUCAUUCGAUAAGACAAAUGACAAGCUUCGCUUUGGCUCCACUAGCAUUCCGGGAUCCGAGGAACUAUUCAAGAAACAAUUGAAUGAAACCAUUGAAUUUGCCAAGCAGGCCCAAUGCAAGAAGAUUCACAUAACAGCUGGCAUUAUUUCGGAUCGUUCGGAGAGUGAUCAUGCCCAGACAUAUUUGGCCAAUUUGAAAGUGGCUGCUGCAAGCCUCAAGGCAAAUAAUCUCCAGGGUGUCAUCGAGCCAAUCAAUAAAUAUGCCAUUCCAACAUAUUUCAUGAAUUCGUAUCCAAAGGCAUUGCAAGUGCUGAAUGAACUGGGCUAUGAUAAUGUCAAAAUACUGGCCGAUCUCUACCAUCUGCAGCACAUACAUGGAAAUGUUGCUUACACAUUGAAGGAGUAUAAGAAUUCGAUUGGACACUUUCAAAUUGCCCAAGUGCCGCAUCGUCAUGAACCAGAUGUAGCAGGCGAACUGGAUUAUGGCUAUGUAUUCAAACAGGUUGAAGAAUUUGGCUAUGACGGUUGGAUUGGCUGUGAAUAUAAGCCAAAGACAACCACAUCAGAGGGUCUUGGCUGGGUCUCCAAAUUCGGUUACCAGUUGUAAUAGGCCCACAAAUACAUAUCUUAAAAUGUCUCUCAUAAUUUUUGAAAUAAAUUCGUAUUUUUGUUUAAA